AUGGAUGAUAUUCAUCACAUGGUUCUCAGUUUGAUCAGCUGCUUUGCUGGUGGGGUUUUCCUGGCAGCAUGUCUGCUUGACAUCAUUCCGGAUUAUCUGUCAGACAUUGGCACAGUGCUGGAUGCUCGGGAGGUGGAGACCCCCUUUCCCCUUCCAGAGUUCAUCAUAGCUGCUGGCUUCUUCAUGGUCCUCAUACUGGAGAAGAUUGUCCAGAGCUUCCGGGAGACGAGAGGGGCUCGUGAGGAGAGGGCGCCCCUUUUACAUGACGAUGGGCACGGCCACGAGCUAGCCACAGCCCGUGAUCUGGAGAGCAGCGGCCACCACCGCUAUAUAAAUACAGGCCAUUUACAGGCUCACUCCUCCUUUCGUUCCUUCAUGCUCUUCCUGUCUCUCUCACUCCAUUCAGUUUUUGAGGGUCUUGCUAUUGGCUUGCAAAGCACUGACUCGAAGGUACUGGAGAUCUGCAUCGCUAUUCUUGUUCAUAAGAGCGUCAUCGUGUUCAGCCUGUCUGUGAAGCUGGUCCAGAGCACAGUUCGCCCACUGUGGGUUGCCGCUUACAUCGUAGUGUUUGCCUUGAUGUCUCCUUUAGGCAUCGCCAUCAGCAUCGGUGUGAUGGAGGCUCAGCUGACAGCUGGACCUCUGAUCCAGGCUGUGCUUGAGGGGCUCGCUGCAGGCACGUUUGUUUACGUCACUUUCCUGGAGAUUGUCCCGCAUGAGCUGAAUUCCCCCGGGAAUCAGCUCCUUAAGGUGAUGUUCAUCCUGUUCGGCUUCACCAUCAUGGCAGGUUUGACAUUUUUGGGUUGA